GGCGGCGCAAAUGGGGACGGGGGUGUGCCGUUUUACGAAUCGCAGCGCAAGCACCUCAAGGAGCUGCUAGAGAAGCGACGCAAGCUUGCUGAGAAGCUACAACGCGACGAGGAGGCCAUCGAGCAGAAGGAGAGCGAGUAUCUCGAGACCACCCCCUUUGGCAACAUCCUGACCGGCUUCGACAACUAUACCAAAGGCACCACGCAGGCCGCGGCCGCCCAGCGGCGCAAGACGGGCACGGUCGACCAGCACCGCGUCUUCUCGCGCUCCAGCAUCUCAUACAAUCCCAACGCCGCCGCGCCCGACUCCUCGGCCACCACGCCCGGCUCCAGCCACGCUCCGACUCCGGUUAGCAGCACGUUUAGCGGCAGCGGCACCAAUCACGCCACCCCUACGAGCGCCAGUGCUGGAGCUGGCCGUGCCCUCCCUGUCGGUCGCGAUCGUAAGAAGAAGAACGUCGUCAGCGUGGACACUGGUGACAGCGAGAGUGACGCGAAGGAUGUCAAGAAGGUGCGCACCAACUUUGGUGCUUCGCGGAAGUAAGCGUAGAGUCUUGUCACGCGACUAGGCCAGACCGCUGUCACUACUUCUCCCCUUCUCUUUUCUUCUGCUUUAUUGUGUGUUAUUUCCUCAACGGGACAUUUUGAACUAUUUUCAGCACGGCGUUGGGGGGCCGGAUGCAAAGGUUAUAACAGGGAAAAUCUUAUUGUGUGUUGCCUCAAGGGCAUAGGAAGCUGUCUCUUGAUGCUGGGUGGGAACUUUGGGAAACCGGGAGGAAUUUUGAUCAUAAUUUUUUUUUUUUUUUUUGGGUGGUCUGAUGAGAGUCCGUCCAUACACGAUCUUUGUCUUUUGUCGAUCCCAACAUCGAGAGAAGCACCAUCCUGUAUUGUUGUAUAGAGAGUGGGGGAUGGGAGAUUCUUUCCCACCUACUCAGUUACGUCUAGUAUCUGCAGCAAGGGCUGGAAAAUCACCUUCUCUUUUUUUUUG